AUGGUGACAUUCUCCUCUUCUGGCCCAGAUCAGGCAAUUGGCUGGUUGGUGGCAUUUGCCUGCUUCGUGAUCAACUUCCUCAUGGCUGGCAUAGCGCGCAGCGUAGGGGUGAUGUACGUAGCUCUUAUUAGUGGCUACGGAGUCGGCAGAGAAGAAGCUGCUAAGCCUUUCAGCACACGCAUUAGUGUCAGAUGUAUUGUUGGACCUAUUGUUGGACUUCUAGGACAACGGUAUGGCAUUCGGAAUGUCACUGCAACCGGAAGUAUCGUUGCUGCACUUGGAAGCAUUCUGUGUUUCUUCGCUCCAAAUGUCUUUUGGAUUACAAUGUUUUGGGGUGUACUUCAUGGGAUAGGAUUUGGCUUAGGAAAUGUGCUUCAUAUGUUAGCUAUUGGUCCAUACUUUGACAAACACAAGGCAUCAGCAUUAGGAUUUGGCUUUGCUGGUGAAAGUUUUGGCGCUUUCAUAUUUCCUGUUGUGAUAGAACUACUGCUUUCAGAAUAUGAUGUUAAAGGAAUGUUUCUAAUAAUUGGUGGUUUAAUGCUUAAUGUCUUUCCAAUGGCUCUGCUUCUCAAGAAACCUCCAUGGCUAAAGCAUCAAAACAGUUUGAAGACUUUACGAGCUAAUAAAUGCUUGCAACAUGAAUGUGUUGAACAUCAAAGAGCAGGUCAAGUCAAUAGAGCGUUUGAAGAUUCAGAAAAGGAUAUAACUGAAAAAGCGAAAUGUAAUUGUAAUUUGAAACAAAAAAACUGUAUUUUCAGCGAAUCUCAUAAUAGUUUGAAAAUUUCCGAUGAAAUUAUUGCAGCUCCCCGUAGUGUUAAAAAUAUCAUUUGCUCUGUGAAUGGGGAAAAUACAGGGGAUGGCGUUGUUCUACUGAAAGAAGCGAGCAGUACCAAUCAAAACAUUCUCUUUGAUGAUUCUGUGGAAGUUGUCGCGGCUACGCAUUCAAAGUUGAAGUUAGACAAAUAUGUUUCCGCUGUAGAUAUCGAGGACACCGAGCAAACAUUAGAAGGUAAUAUACUUAAUUUUAAAAACGAAAAAAGUUCUUCUACAUUACAUCCUACUCAUGACGUUGAAGACAAAAUACGAAGUGCCAGUUUUGUUAGCCUCGAUGGAUGUUCUGUACUAAUUAACAGCGAAUCCAAAGAUGUAGAUGUUCAAAACGGUUUAAGUAAUACUUUUGCAAAUGGGAUUGGGAAAAGUAUUCUUCUGUCCUUUUUGCGAAUAAAUAUUAAACCUUUAUUCAACCUCAUUAGCUUAAAUUUAGCUGCUGUUUGCUAUCUUUUUGUUGGUUUGUUAACAGUAAACAUUGAUUACGCAAGUGAUCAUGGAAUUUCAAUUAACGAUAGUAAAUUCUUCGUCAUUGGGUAUUCAAUAGCUGAUUUGCUUGGAAGAUUGUCCUUUGGCCAAAUCCUUGAUAGGAAGAUUCUUGCUCCAAAAACUUAUGCUUUGGUGACGUGGGUCCUGUCUGGAAUUGUGGUCGCAGCUAUUCCGAUAAGCAGGAACUAUUACUACAUAAUGGUUUGUAUGUGCACUUGCGGUUUCAUUGUAGGAGCAGCACCAAUGAUCUUUCCUAUACUCAUAACAACUUACAUGGAAAAAGACGAAGAAACCGUAGCAUUUGGAUGUUUGAACUUCAUGGAAGGAAUCAUUAUGUUACUUAUGGCCCCGAUGAUAGGGCACUUCAGAGACAAUAUAGGCUCAUAUGAUGGUGUGUUUUACAUUUCUGGUGUUUUCGAAAUAAUUGCUGGAGCUCUAUGGUUAUUCGAACCUCUUUUACUCAAGUUUGAAGGAAAAAUGUUUCCGAAAAAAGAGUUACAAUCUUUAUCAACAAAUUUGUGA